CUCCACAGGCCCCGCCCCCGCUGCGUGCGCACGUCGGCCUCCCCGCGCGGGCUCGCACGGUUGCGGCGGUUGCGGCGCCUGAGGGAGUCGCCGGCCGACCCUGGGACGCAGCGACGCACGGCUGACGGACCGCGAGCAGAUCCGCGGCCGGACCAGAGGAGUGAGAACAGCAAGAACCAUACUUGGCAGAACCAUGUCCGCGGAAUUAGAGGCCUCAGAGGGGGUGGAUGAGUCGGAGGAAAAGAGCUCUGGGGCUUCAGCAAAAGAAAACCGCACCAGGAUUGCCGACCUCUCUGAGCUCCUGAAGGAAGGGACCAAAGAAGCACAUGACCGGGCAGAAAACACCCAGUUUGUUAAGGACUUCCUGAAAGGCAACAUCAGGAAGGAGCUCUUCAAGCUGGCUACUACUGCACUUUACUUCACAUACUCCGCCCUCGAGGAGGAAAUGGACCGCAACAAGGACCACCCAGCCUUCGCCCCCUUGUACUUCCCCCUGGAGCUGCACCGGAAGGAGGCGCUGACCAAGGACAUGGAGUAUUUCUUCGGUGAGGACUGGAAGGAGCAGGUGCAGUGCUCCGCGGCCACCCAGAAGUAUGUGGAGCGGAUCCACUAUGUGGGGCAGCACGAGCCGGAGCUGCUGGUGGCCCAUGCCUACACCCGCUACAUGGGGGACCUCUCAGGGGGCCAGGUGCUGAAGAAGGUGGCCCAGCGGGCCCUCAAACUCCCUAGUUCGGGGGAAGGGACCCAGUUCUACCUGUUCGAGAAUGUGGACAAUGCACAGCAGUUCAAGCAGUUCUACCGGGCCAGGAUGAAUGCCCUGGACCUGAACCUGAAGACCAAAGAGAAGAUUGUGGAGGAGGCCAACAAAGCCUUUGCGUACAACAUGCAGAUAUUUGAUGAACUGGACCAGGCUGGCUCCUUGCUGGCCAAAGAGACCCUGGAGGAUGGGCUCCCUGUGCAUGAUGGGAAAGGAGAUGUGCGUAAAUGCCCCUACUACACUGCUAAAGACAAAGGUGCCCUGGAGGCCAGCAGCUGCCCCUUCCGAACAGCUCUGGCUGUGCUGAGCAAGCCUGGCCUUCAGUUCAUUCUGGCUGCCGGUGUGGCCCUGGCUGCUGGUCUCUUGGCCUGGUACUACAUGUGAAGGACCCAUCACACCAUGCUGGCACACUCCUCCCGAGUGACCACUGACCCACCCCUGCCUGUUCCCGUGACUAAACUGCCACCUCAGGUGACUUUUUUUUAAUGCUGGGUUUGAGAAAAGCAACCAGUAAACAGCCAGAUGCUCAAGCCUCUGCCGGUCAAUGUUCUCUGAGAGCCAGACGGUGCAGGCCCAUCCCCUGCAGCCCCCAGACCUUGGGGCACCCAAACAUCUCACCUGAGGCUUGUUCCCUUGGAUCUUCCUUGUUCUGUUGGCAUUUAGGUGUGUAUUUUUCCCCUGCUGGGAGCAGAGCAGCCAGCAAGCCCAGGCUGUCAUAGCUCUGUGGGAGGCAGGAGGACAAGGUGAAGGGCAGAGGCAGGCUUGCAGCCUGACACAGAGGCCCUGAGGAACUCCCUCCUGGUAGCCAGUCCUCACCCCUCCCCAGCAGAAACCCCCAAGAGGGGCCUAUUCAGCCACGGCCUGUCUCCCCUUGACCUGUGUAAAUGCUAUAGCACUCAAUAAAGUGGACUUGGACAGCUGC